AAGGGUAUUAAUCUUAGUGGUGGUCAAAAGCAAAGAGUUAGCCUUGCCCGUGCUGUAUAUAAUGAUGCAGAUGUUUAUUUAAUGGAUGAUCCUUUAAGUGCUGUAGAUUCCCAUGUUGGGAAGCAUAUUUUUGAAAAUGUUAUGGGUGCUAAUGGACUACUUAAGGAUAAGGUAAGAUCUAGUUAA